CAGCGAGCUUUAAAGAAGAUCCUUCACUUCUGUGUGAAUGUGAACUGUUACUGCCUUACAGCUCACGACAGACGUCGCCCCCCUCCUUUCUUAAUCCGUCCUGCUCGGGUCUACUUUCUGCAGCGGAGGCGUUAGGUGCUAGAGUUCCAGCGGUCGGUGCGCCGAGUGAAUGAGUCGGAUAAAAUAGCGGAGUAGCGGAGCGGGUCGGUCCGGGUUCCUCACAGGCGCUCGCUGGUCCUUCAUCUAACAGGCCUGUGGCUGCACCGAAACAGGGAUCGCGACUGUUCUCCUGUGUUCCUCCUCCUCCUUCAUCUCUUUUCAGUUCGACUGUUCUCAGCGGCGAAAGAAUGGCGCAGAUACUGCCCAUCCGUUUUCAGGAACAUCUGCAGCUGCAGACUAUAGGGGUGAACCCAGCCAAUAUUGGCUUCAGCUGUUUGACUAUGGAGUCGGACCGAUUCAUCUGCAUACGGGAGAAGGUGGGCGAGCAGAACCAGGUGGUGAUCAUCGACCUUAGUGACCCCUCAAACCCCAUCCGCCGGCCGAUCACGGCAGACAGUGCCAUCAUGAACCCUGCCAGCAAAGUCAUUGCUCUUAAAGAUGCUGCGAGGACACUGCAAAUCUUUAACAUGGAGAUGAAGAGCAAGGUGAAGGCCCACACCAUGACUGAUGAAGUCAUGUUCUGGAAGUGGAUCUCCAUCAACACCAUCGCCCUGGUUACUGACACGGCUGUCUACCACUGGAGCAUGGAGGGAGACUCUCAGCCAAUCAAGAUAUUUGACCGGCAUGCCAGCCUUGCAGGCUGCCAGAUCAUCAACUAUAGAACAGACGAACCCCAGAAAUGGCUUCUGCUUAUAGGCAUAUCAGCACAGCAAAACCGUGUGGUCGGCGCCAUGCAGUUAUACUCUGUAGAUAGAAAGGUGUCCCAGCCCAUAGAGGGCCAUGCAGCAGCAUUUGUACAAUACAAAUUGGAGGGAAAUCCGAACCCCUCCACACUUUUCUGCUUCGCUGUUAGGAGUCAGGCUGGGGGAAAGCUACACAUAAUUGAGGUGGGUCAGCCUGCACCGGGCAACCAGCCAUUUGCCAAGAAAGCUGUAGAUGUGUUCUUCCCCCCGGAGGCCCAGACUGACUUUCCUGUGGCCAUGCAGAUUGGUGCAAAGCAUGGUGUGAUCUACCUCAUCACUAAAUAUGGCUAUAUUCACAUGUAUGAUCUGGAGUCAGGAGUAUGUAUCUAUAUGAACCGCAUCAGCGCAGAAACAAUCUUUGUCACAGCUGCUCAUGAAAGCACCUCUGGAAUCAUAGGAGUCAACAAGAAGGGACAGGUCCUUUCUGUGUGUGUUGAAGAAGAGAACAUAGUGAACUAUACCACUAAUGUGCUGCAGAAUCCAGAACUGGGCCUACGGAUGGCAGUACGCAGUGAUCUUCCUGGAGCUGAGGAGCUCUUCACGCGCAAGUUCAACACACUUUUCACACAGGGCAACUACGCAGAGGCUGCCAAAGUUGCUGCUUCAGCACCUAAGGGCGUUUUGCGAACGUCAGAGACUAUUCGUAGGUUCCAGUCUGCGCCAGCUCAGGGGGGACAAGCCUCACCAUUGCUGCAGUAUUUUGGCGUGCUGUUGGACCGUGGUCAGCUCAAUAGACUGGAGUCUGUGGAGCUAUGCAGGCCAGUGCUGCAGCAGGGACGCAUGCAGCUCCUGGAGAAAUGGCUAAAGGGAGAGAAGUUGGAGUGCUCUGAGGAGUUGGGAGACCUGGUAAAAGCUGCAGACCCCACACUGGCACUUAGCGUCUACCUCCGAGCCAACAUUCCAGCAAAGGUCAUCCAAUGCUUUGCAGAGACCGGACAAUACCAGAAAAUAGUGCUGUAUGCUAAAAAGAUGGGGUACUCUCCUGAUUGGAUAAUGUUGUUGAGAAGUGUGAUGCGCUCUGGACCUGAUCAGGGUCUUCAGUUUGCACAGAUGCUAGUUCAAGAUGAGGAGCCUCUUGCCAACAUUAACCAGGUGGUGGAUGUCUUUAUGGAGGGUAAUUUGGUGCAGCAGUGCACUUCUUUUCUAUUGGAUGUUCUAAAGAACAACAAACCAGACGAAGGGCAUCUGCAGACACGCCUCCUGGAGAUGAAUCUCAUUCAUGCCCCCCAGGUAGCAGAUGCUAUUUUGGGUAAUCAGAUGUUCACCCACUAUGAUCGAGCUCACAUUGCUCAGUUGUGUGAGAAGGCAGGCUUACUGCAGAGAGCAUUGGAGCACUUCACUGACCUCUAUGACAUCAAACGAGCCAUCGUACACACGCACCUGCUCAACCCUGAGUGGUUGGUGAACUUCUUUGGCUCUUUAUCAGUCGGAGACUCAAUGGAGUGUUUAAGGGCCAUGUUAGCAGCCAACCUCAGACAGAACCUGCAGCUGACCGUCCAGGUGGCUUCCAAAUACCAUGAACAGCUGGGCACUGCUACACUGGUGGAGCUGUUUGAGUCAUUCAAGAGCUAUGAGGGUCUGUUCUACUUUCUGGGCUCCAUCGUGAACUUCAGUCAGGAGCCUGAAGUGCACUUUAAGUAUAUCCAGGCAGCGUGCAAGACUGGACAGAUUAAAGAGGUGGAGCGAAUCUGCAGAGAGAGUAGCUGCUAUGAUCCAGAGUCUGUCAAAAACUUUCUUAAGGAGGCCAAGUUGACAGAUCAGUUGCCUUUGAUCAUAGUAUGUGACCGCUUUGAUUUUGUCCACGACCUUGUGCUGUACCUGUAUCGUAACAACCUGCAGAAAUACAUCGAGAUUUACGUCCAAAAGGUGAACCCCAGUCGAUUGCCGGUAGUUGUAGGAGGUCUGUUGGAUGUUGACUGUUCAGAAGAUGUGAUCAAGAGCCUGAUCAUAGCAGUGCGGGGAGACUUUAGCACUGACCUUCUCGUGGAGGAAGUGGAGAAGAGAAACAGGCUAAAGCUGUUGUCUCCCUGGCUGGAAGCUCGUGCACAGGAGGGCAGUGAAGAGGCCGCUACCCAUAACGCUCUGGCUAAAAUAUACAUAGACAGCAACAACGGCCCAGAGCGUUUCCUGCGGGAAAACCCUUACUAUGACAGUGCCACUGUGGGCCGGUACUGUGAGAAGAGAGACCCACACUUGGCCUUUGUGGCCUACGAGAGAGGGCAAUGUGACAUGGAGCUCAUCAAGGUGUGCAAUGAGAACUCCCUGUUUAAAAGCGAAGCUCGUUAUCUGGUUCGGCGGAAAGAUCCAGAUCUGUGGGCUGUGGUGCUGGAAGAGAAUAAUCCCUACAGACGAGCGCUUAUUGACCAGGUGGUCCAGACUGCUCUGUCUGAAACACAGGACCCUGAGGAAGUGUCAGUAACGGUUAAAGCUUUUAUGACUGCAGACCUGCCCACUGAGCUCAUUGAACUUCUGGAGAAAAUAGUGCUGGAAAACUCCAUAUUCUGUGAGCACAGAAACCUGCAGAACCUGUUGAUUCUAACAGCCAUUAAAGCAGACCGCACACGAGUGAUGGAGUAUAUCAACCGCCUGGAUAACUAUGAUGCUCCAGACAUUGCUAACAUUGCUAUUAGCAAUGAACUCUAUGAGGAGGCUUUCUCGAUCUUUAAGAAGUUUGAUGUUAAUGCCUCCGCUAUCCAGGUUUUGAUUGAGCACAUUGGCAAUCUGGACCGGGCAUAUGAGUUUGCGGAACGCUGUGGGGAGGGGCCGGUGUGGAGUCAGUUGGCCAGAGCUCAGCUCCAGAAGAACCUCAUUAAGGAGGCCAUCGACUCGUACAUUAGAGCGGACGAGCCCUCAGCUUACAUGGAAGUGGUGGAUGCUGCCAGCAGAACUGAUAAUUGGGAGGAUCUGGUGAAGUUUCUGCAGAUGGCGCGGAAGAAGGCCAGAGAGUCGUAUGUGGAAACGGAACUCCUCUUUGCUCUGGCUAAAACCAAUCGCCUCUCUGAGUUAGAGGAAUUUAUCAAUGGCCCCAACAAUGCCCAUAUACAACAGGUUGGUGACCGCUGUUAUGAGGAGGGCAUGUUUGAAGCAGCGAGACUGCUCUUCAAUAAUGUGUCUAAUUUUGCACGUCUGGCAUCCACACUUGUCCACCUUGGAGAGUAUCAGGCAGCAGUGGACAGUGCUCGCAAAGCCAACUCCACACGUACAUGGAAAGAGGUGUGUUUUGCAUGUGUAGAUGGAGAAGAGUUUAGGCUGGCUCAGAUUUGUGGCCUACACAUCGUAAUUCAUGCUGAUGAGCUAGAAGAACUUAUCAGUUAUUAUCAGGAACGGGGAUAUUUUGAAGAGUUGAUCAUGCUGCUGGAGGCCGCAUUAGGUCUGGAGCGUGCUCAUAUGGGCAUGUUCACUGAGCUGGCCAUUCUCUACUCCAAAUACAAACCGCAGAAGAUGAGAGAACACCUUGAGCUCUUCUGGUCCAGAGUCAACAUCCCUAAGGUACUACGUGCAGCCGAACAGGCCCACCUGUGGGCAGAGCUUGUGUUCCUGUACGAUAAAUAUGAAGAGUAUGACAACGCCAUAAUCACCAUGAUCGCACACCCCACCGAUGCAUGGAGAGAUGCUUCCUUUAAAGAGAUUAUCAGCAAGGUGGCGAAUGUGGAGUUGUAUUACAAGUCACUGCAGUUCUAUUUAGAGUACAAACCCAUGCUACUCAAUGACCUGCUGACUGUGUUAGCACCAAGACUGGACCACACAAGAGCAGUUAGCUUCUUUACUAAGGUAAAUCAGUUGACGCUGGUGAAGCCAUAUCUGAGAUCAGUUCAAAGCCACAACAACAGAGCUGUGAAUGAGGCCUUAAACAGCCUCCUGACCGAAGAGGAAGACUUCCAGGGUCUCCGUGCCUCCAUAGACGCCUAUGAUAACUUUGACUCCAUCAGUCUGGCUCAGAAACUAGAGCAGCACGAACUGAUUGAGUUUAGACGCAUUGCUGCUUAUCUCUACAAAAUUAACCAGCGCUGGGCACAAAGCAUCCAACUUUGCAAGAAAGACAAUCUAUACAAGGACGCAAUGCAGUACGCUGCAGAGUCAAAGGAAAGUGAGCAUGCUGAGGCUCUGCUGCGCUGGUUUCUGGAGGAGGGCCGGAGGGAGUGCUUUGCUGCCUGUCUCUUCUCCUCUUAUGACCUGCUGGCUCCUGACGUGGUGCUGGAGCUGGCCUGGAGACACGGCCUCAUUGACUUCGCUAUGCCUUACUUCACACAGGUUAUGAGAGAAUACCUUACCAAGGUGGAUGAGUUAGCUGGACAGGUGAAGGUGGAUAAACUAGAAGAGGCUGAGAGUAAGAGAAGCACUGAAGAAGGGAGUGAACCCACCUCAAUAGUGUACGGUCAGCAGCUGAUGUUGACCGCUGGUCAGACCCCAGUAGCUCCCCAGGCUGGAUACCCCGGUUACGGCUACACCGCUCCUGGAUAUGCCCCGCCGGCCUACGGGUUCAACCUUCAGCCUUAAUACCCUGUUCCCCUACUAACGUUUAACCUCCCUCACCACUCGAAGAACCCUCAGAAACGUAUGCCUGCGAGACGGAGGCUCAACUUUGCACUCAGUCCAGCAUGAUGGAGACACUGAAACCAACGAAAAAGCAGACGAAUGAACAAGCAAGCAAAGCGCCAUGCUGAAUGCUCUUUAAUCACAUGCGUAAUCUAGUCAUUCGCUCUUCACUAACGUGGCAUAGCUGUAAAAUUUUAUAUUCUUAAUUAGUUUUAUAAAGAUGUAGCAUUGAUGGUGAGAUGGAAGGGGAGAUAUAGGUACACUAACCACCUCAGAAUUCUUAGCACUGUAGAAGCCAGGCUGACUACCUGAAUGAAUGUUUUGUUGAACAUGAGGUGUCCUCGAGUAGACAACACGAGUGGUCUGUGUCAAGUACGAGGUCCUCUUUUUGUCCUUCUCUGCCGUUUUCCUCCGUUUAUUCUGCAGUAUUACUCUGCGUUUACAUAACAUAGUAGUAGAUUUCAAGCUUGGAGUUUGUGAGGACGAGUGAACGUGUGCCGCCGGUACAGCUCCGCUGAGCGCGACAGGAGGAGGGCUGGUUUGUGAAAAGUAUCCUAACUCCUGGACAGUGUGUUAAGUGUCAUAACUGGUCUGACAACUUGAUCUUUGUUCUGUGAUGCCUUUGAUGAACUCCCCCUAUGUCCACUACAACCAAUAUCACACGACUGUAGCUCAGAGCUUUGGCAAAUGUGUCCCUUCACACCGUGACAUUCUGGCAGAGAAGUACCAUACAGAAGCCAAUAUAACUACAUAUAUAUUUAUGUACAUCUUCUAGGUCUUACUAGUUAUGACUUAUGCAUAAUUUAUGAUGCUGCUCUUCUUAAGUGAUUUAGGUUCUGUGUUACUGCAAGCCAUAAGCAAUGUCUGUAGUGUAACGUUGUCAAUGGAGAUGUUAAUUUUUUAAGGAAAAGAUAAAAUCCAAAAACAGGAGUCUGGCAGCAGCUGUUUUUGGUUGCUAGGAUACACAGGUGGGGCAAUGUCUCUGGAGCCUGUUGGGAGGAAAAUGGUUGUGUGCAUGUGAUGACUUGAAUUGGGCGGCCAAGCACACAGACUGGAAAAAACAAUAAAGUUUACACACUAGCCACAGUAUGGCGUGUUUCAAGCUUGGUCUCAUAAGUCCUGCGUUUCUUCCUGUUACUUUCCUGUCUUUCUCCAUGACUUUCUCAUAUAUCUGUCUUCUGCUCUUCUUUUUUGCACUUAAAAACUACACAUCUCUUUAUCUCUGGAAACCACAGCUCGUGAAAACGUGUCUGUGACACUUCCAGUUUUCUUGCGAAAUGUAACCAGUGACAGAGCAAACUGUCCCUAAACGGUCCUACUGUGUAUUUUGGCUCAUGUUUAAACAGGGUAAUAACCUGGUAAUUAAUAAGAGGGCAAACUGGCUCACAGGCCGUCUGUCAGAGUAGAAGAACGACAACCUGGCCUUCCAGAUGUGAGCACCCUUUGGGGAAUUCAGCGCUGCUUCCUGUUGACCGCAGUUACUACAGCCUGCUUACACUUUAAAUGGUAAUUCCAACUGUUUUGAGGAAAUGUCUGUAUAAUAAAAUGGUUCCAAUCAAAACAUAGUCAUUCAGAGUGGUCUGAUAUAAAAUGCUCCAUUCAUGAGAAGCAGGAAUUGUUUACAGUGGUGUGGACAGGAAUCAGGUGUUUAAUGCCUCUGAAAGGUUCCUCACAGAACGCUUGCAUGGUUACCAGCGCGUCUGCGGCAUUGAUUCGCGAAAAGGUUUAGGUCUAAAACCUUUUUAGUUUUAUGGCUAUUUUAUCCUCAUGAACGUUGCAUGUGAACAACGCAUGUUGGCUCACUGGUCAUUCUGGAUAGUAAAUAAAGCGUCUGCAUUUGGA